CUUAAGCGUUCUUCUGACCCCUGUAUCUCUCAAAAGGUCAGUGACAUGAUUGCUGAGCCAUAACAGCAGUAUACGUAUAUGUAACAGUCUGGCCUAGCCUCUGUACAUUCAUGAAAAUAUGUCUACCUCGUGAUUGACACAAGGUGUUGAUCAGUCCUAUGCUAUGAUUGGCCAGCAGGGCUUACGUCAAUUGUCAUUUGCAUAUGGGGGUACAGUGAGUAAAAGGGGUCUUAUAUACAAAGCCAGUAAAAACAUAGCUUUGAAUUUAGUAUGUUAUUUAAUAUUGUCCAUGUAAUCUAAAGCUAGUUGAUAAAUCUACCUUCCAUUCUUUAAAUCUCACGUUUAAAGCCAAAGUUCUUAAUAGAGAGUAAAAGAAGCUCUGCAGCUGAUAAAGGCAAAGGUGAAAAGAAGUCCCCUUCAGAUCCUCAACAGGGCAGGCCUACAUUACCAUGUAAGGUAGUGUUAUUUCCGCAGCUAGUUCAGAUACCCCUUAACAUAUGAACAAGCCAAGUUAACUGGACACGGAGGCCAUAUUUUCACCUGCCUCUAAUCAGAAUACAUUCUAUGAUCAACAGGUAAAUUUAUACCUGGUAAUAAUGGCCUGAUUACUUUAUGUGUACAAACUGGAUUAAGAUAACAGUGGACUGCCCAGGUGGACUGAAGUAAUCAAGAUCAAAGGAAGUCACAACAGGUAAAACUAAUCAGCUGCUACCCUUGGGCAAGAUGAAGUGUACAUGCAAUACCAUGAGUGCAGUGAUUACAUUUUUAGCUAUUAGCUGGGCCAUACCACUAGCACUGGGCUGCCCUAUGGCUGAGUGUGACUGUCAAGAAAAUUCAGGGAAACAGACCAUUUACUGUAAAGGGAAAGGUCUAACUGAAAUCCCAGCAAUAACACCAUCCAACACUACCUAUGCGGAGCUUACCCUUGCUGAUAACUCUAUCACAUCCAUUCCAGCCAAUGCCUUCCAAGGACUUCUGGUCAAGAAGAUUGAUCUUCAGGUAAAUCCGAUUAUGAACAUAUCAGAAGAAGCAUUUGCUGGCAUGGAGACAAUGCUUGAGACACUGAUUCUUCAUGGAAACAAGGACAACAGGGUUCUUCCUGGCCCAUGGUCAGUGCUGGCAAAUUUAUCUAGCCUGACCAAUCUGGAGCUUAGCUUCUUUGACAUAGGCAGCAUUGAUGACAGCUCUGCAUUGUCCACCUUGACGAGCCUUGUGAGUCUCAAGAUCACCAACAGCCAACUUCACUUUCUGCACAGUGACCUGCUACAGCCGCUUGGCAACACCCUAACCACACUGGAUUUAAGUAACAAUGGGUUCCUGACAGUACCCAGCAAUGCCAUUCAGGGUUUGGCAGCUCUUAGGAAAUUAUUCAUGCCUUCAAACAGCAUUUCAAAGCUUGAACAAAAUGCCUUUUUCACAAACGCCAGACUAAGUGAGCUGGACCUUACUCAGAACCUCAUUUCAGAGAUGGAACCCGGCUGCUUCAAUCAGAUCACGAACUCACUGACCCUUCUGGUCUUGAACUUAAACAGGCUUUCCGGGACACAACUAGCUGCCUUGGAGAACCUGACAGCUCUUGAACAGUUGGCCCUUGGUCACAACCAACUGGUCGCAAUCCCACCUGGCACCUUCAGAAACCUACGCAAUUUGGUAUUCUUGAACUUGCGUAAGACGCAGCUGACCACUAUCACCGCAGACAUGAUGGAAGGUCUGGGGUCAACAAUGACACUGCUGAUACUGUCUGAGAACCGUCUCACUCAGAUUGAAGCAGGAGCAUUUGCCAGGAUGACCACCCUACGAGAGUUGGAGCUAGACAACCAGCAGAUUAACAUCAGCCAAGUCAUCAAACCAGACAUGUUUUCUGGACUGGGAAGCCUUAAACAACUUGAACUACAGAACUCGGGGUUUGGCACAGCAGAAAACUGGGAGGCUGUUGGGAGUUUGACCAGCUUGACCAACCUGGGCCUCUCCAUGAACAGGAUAGAACACAUACCAGACUUUGUUUUCAAAAAUAUGUCACAGUUGGAAAAUCUUGAUCUCAGCGGAAAUCUGCUCACAAUCGUGAAUCAGGAGACGUUUCAUGGCCUGAAAGACAGUCUGCGAAGUCUUGGACUUCAAAAAAACUCAAUUAACUCCUUUAACCAUUGCACGUUCUAUAAUUUUAUCAGACUAAAACCACAAGCAAUCAAUUUAAAUUCCAAUCCACUGAUCUGUGACUGUCGUUUGGAAUGGUUGAGUGAAUGGGUACAGAGAAUUUUUAAUGAAUCCACACCCGAUGAUAAAUUCCAAAUCCAGCUUUUACAGUGGACAUGCACUGAUGGGAGGAAAUUCAUUAAUGUAAGGCCAGAAGAUCUAGGCUGUGAUGAAAACACAACGAGGAGAGAUUGUGCUAACUACUACACAACAACAACAUCAACUACAACCACCACAACAACUACAACAACAACAACGACCCCUAAACCAACACCUCCCAAUCUGGUGGUCAGGUUUAGCAUAAUAGAUGUUGGCAGCUCUACUAUAGCAUUGAAGUGGAAUGUAAACUAUCCGUCAUAUGUGGGCUCUUACCAGAUUGUGUAUGAAGACUUAUCCACGUCACAACAGAAAAACACCGAUAUGAUUCAUCGAACCACUAAUGAGUAUACACUGCGGAAUUUAGAAUCACAACGCACGUACGAAGCUUGCCUGUUUGUCUACUACAAGGAUUUUGAGUCUCAUUCUGAGAAUAAGUGUCUUUCAGGGACAACCUCCAAGCCAACAUCCACUACUACGCCUGCCCAAUCAAUGAAAAGCGCACAGAUAGGGGUCAUUGCAGGCUCAGUGGCUGGAGGUGUCCUGCUUCUCAUCAUUAUUGUGGCUAUUGUCUUCAUUUUGAUUCGCCACAGAAAACAAGAAAAUGUGUAUGAUAAACCCAAGGAUCCUUCCCCCUGGCAAAAAGCAGGAAAGCCCCAUGAGGCCUAUGACUCCAAACGCUUCACCAAACAGAAGAAGCCGCCUGGACAAGACCACCGCAUCAAAGAGAUUCGGCAUGUCCAAGGAAACACCAAUUUACAACGUACAUCCGCUGGCAGUUACCAGUACCUGGAUAAAGAUGUAUCCCAGUUACCUGCCCCUGGAGGCCAAAUGGGACUUACAAACUCCUUCUACCCACAGAGACAUUCUACGAAUGGACUGGACACUAGAGACUUGCGUCAUAAGUAUUAUGAGAUAAAUUUAGAUGGAAUAGAGACUCAUAUUUAACUCCGUAUAAUCUCAAUUAAUAUUCAUCAUCCAUUCCAUCAGGGUGUACAUAUAUGUGGUAUGAUAAUGGACUGAAAGUGUGCAUAUUACAGUGCUGUGAUUACCAAUACAAUACAGAUACAAUGUACAACGUAUGGUAAGAUUUUACAUUUGGCUGUGAGAACAACACACAUAUAUUAUCUUGGUAGCAUAAAUAGUGAAAAAUCUGAUCAACCUGUAUAUGAACCUGCUGGUCAGUUUUCGUAUACUAUUUAAUAAUACUGUGUGUCUACAUGUACUAAACUUAUAUGGCUAUUUUGUGCACAUCCUGUCAUUUCAUCCAUAUUACAUCAAACAGCACAAUAUCUGUGUAACCAAGAAAGAGGUGCUUAUAAUGGGCUUACAUGGGAUAUCACCCUUGUGAUAAUCAGUGAAAAAGACGUACAUGUGCCAUUCUGUUUUCACAUUGAAGAAAGUUGUAAAUGUUUUGUAGAGACAUAAUAGGUGUCCAAUUCUUCAGUAUACUUCAGGCUGCCCUAAUUCUUCGAACUUUUCAACCACCACUUUGACCAAUAUUUUUAAACAUUCUGAGAGAACUAUGAGGUUGUAGAGAAAUAAUCUGCACAUUUUUAUGUAGCUUGACAUAAACAACUCUUUUCGUGACAUUUUCUUUUUUUUUUUGGUAAUAUUGUAUGCAUAAAUUCCACAGAAAAAAGUGCUUACGAGGUCGAAUUUGAAGAUUCGAAGACUGAAGAUUUACAGCUGGUGCAUGUAUCAGCCUGGUGAGGAAAUUAGGAGAUGUAUAGACAUUUUAUUACAUGUGCCAACUUGAACAUGUAUGUAUGAAUAUGUCCCAUGCACUCACUCACUCAAUGGCCAAACCACAAAGCCUUAGCACAGCCAUACAUUCCAUCCACACAGCUGAGUCAGGACUAUGCAAACAUACUAAACUGCUCCUUCACAGACCUCAGUGUUCAUACACUGAGACAUGGAAGUACUGGAAUGUGUCCUAGAUGUUUCAUAUACAUCAUAAAUUUACAUUUAGGAUGUUAUAUUUUUACCUAUUAAACUUGGGGAAUGUUUGAAGGUGUUUUUCAAGUCUAAGGUAUAUUACAUGUAUUAAAUGUUGACCUUAGAUGUAUUCUAGUUAACAGCAGGGCCCUGCAGUAAAAAAAAGUACCACUACAAGACAAUGAAAAUCUCGUCCCAGCAAUAUCAUAUAAUCUUCACGCUAGGCAGUUGAAAAAAUUUCCAUAUUCAUUUUUGUAUUAUUACAUGUAUAUUUUUCUAGCUGUAUUUUUUCACUGUUUUUGUUUUAUAACUGUACUUGUUGCUAGAAAGAGUAAAACAUGUAAAGAAAUCAUUCUUUUCAAUAUUUACUUUUCCAAUUCUUUUUUCCACUAGAAGAUGGUAACAAACAAAGAAUGAGUUGUAAUGGUAUUUCAUAUACAAUACUUUACAAUACUAAUUUAUACACUUGUGAGACAUUCAGGUUUAUAUAAUAUAUAUAUAUGUCAACAACUUGAUAGCUCUAUAUACCCUAAAAGACCUUAAAUUUUGUCCAUGACUGACUUGCCCAUUUUUCCUGAUUCUGAGAGUUCUGUUUAGUUUAGAAAAGUGUUUUGAGGUUUGCCUGGAAUAUGGGGUGAUAUUCUACUGGAAAAUUGUAAGAUUUAGCACCAAACAUAAUAUUUUGUGACAUUUAUUUGUCUCUAAAAAAAAAAUGCACUUUUGUGGGCGAAAUCUGAGGUCAUUUAGGGGACAUAGAUAUUGUCCAGGCCACAUUAUUCUGGGGACAAAUGAUAUAAAUGUAUGUCACUGCCUGAGUCAUGUACAUGCGUACAGAUAAGGUCAAGAUGUCCUACUAAUAUAAUGUAUGUACUUUAUGUUUUCCAUCCAUUCUCUUUGUUCAUCGAGUCCAAUUCUUUUUCCGUUUUCUUUCAUACAUGUUAUGUAUAUACUGUGUUUUGGCUAUUGUAGCCAAUGUGUACUCCUGAAGCAAAAUGCUGAACAAAACAUAAAACACAGUGUAGGUAUGCGCCAAUGACCUUACAUAUUUUAAAAUCCCUUACUUUUUGAUGUUAUUUUUGACUGCCUAAUAAAAUGUAGGUACACUAUGUAAAUAGCAUAUCCAAGUGGAACACAAAUUACUGGGCUGUGAAAUUUAGUUACAUCACAUAAUGGCUGAGCUUUGGUAAUCAUGCACUUGUAUAUACAUGUAUAUUUCUGUACAUAAAAAACACACGAACUUUGAGUUUUGAGUGCUGAGUAAGUGUUACAGUUUGUGUUUCAUAUAUAUUUACUCUUCAUACGACACAUAUCAGGACUCCAUAGAAAUAAAUGAUACGUGAAUGGCUGUGUUUAAUUGUAUUACUGCGUACAUGGGAACACAUAGCGAUAGCUAGGAUGUAAGUUUCCACAUAACAUCUCAUUGAAUAAAACGAAAUAUUUUAUGUACAAUAUCAAGGUGCAAUGUUCAUGUUUUUGUUUGUUAAGGACCAUUAUGUCAGAACUCCAGCAGGUUCUUCAAUGGUUUUCUAUGAACCAGGAU